CUUCCUUAGCCAGCGGCGGUGUCUAGUCCGGGCGCCGAGCUGCCGGGGCUCUCGGGUGGUUCGUUUCUAAGCUGCAGGGGCUCGGCGGAUAGCGGCUCCGGAGGCUGCGGCGGAUGCGGGAGGACUGCCCGCCUGGCCGCCUGGCGGCCCCGGGGUCCAGAUGAGCUCCAGUGCUUCGCUCGGGGGCCCGGUGCCCCUGCCACCCCCGGGCCCGUCCGCCGCGCUGCCGCCCGGUGCCCCCGCGCGGGCCCUGCAUGUGGAGCUGCCGUCCCAGCAGCGGCGUCUUCGGCAUCUCCGGAACAUUGCUGCUCGGAAUAUUGUCAACAGAAAUGGCCACCAGCUCCUCGAUACCUACUUCACCCUUCAUCUGUGUAAUAAUGAGAAGAUUUGUAAAGAAUUUUAUAGAAGUGAAGUGAUUAAGAAUUCCUUGAAUCCAACGUGGAGGAGUCUUGACUUUGGGAUAAUGCCGGACCGCCUGGAUACGUCUGUGUCUUACUUUGUGGUGAAGAUUUGGGGUGGGAAGGACGAUGCCUACCAGCUGCUGAUAGAGUGGAAAGUCUACCUGGAUGGGCUGAAGUACUUGGGUCAACAGAUUCACGCUCGCAACCAAAACGAAAUCAUUUUUGGGCUGAACGACGGCUACUAUGGUGCCCCAUUUGAACAUAAGGGUCAUUCCCAUGUACAGAAGACCAUCCUUCAGGUGGACCAGAACUGUGUCCGCAAUUCCUAUGACGUCUUCUCUCUGCUGCGGCUUCAUAGAGCCCAGUGUGCAAUUAAACAGACUCAGGUAACUGUUCAGAGAAUUGGAAAGGAAAUUGAAGAAAAACUAAGACUCACAUCGACAAGCAAUGAGCUGAAAAAAGAAAGCGAAUGUCUGCGGUUAAAAAUUUUGGUGCUUCGAAAUGAACUGGAAAGACAGAAGAAAGCCCUGGGCCGGGAGGUGGCCUUCCUGCAGAAGCAGCAAGUGGCUCUCCAGGACACGGGAAGCGCGUUUUCGACUGAGCAUGGCAAGCUCCAGCAUCAGAAGGAAUCCCUGGGCGAGCUGAGGAAGGAAUGCACCGCAAAAAGAGAACUCUUUCUGAAGACUAACGCUCAGCUGACGAUCCGGUGCAGGCAGCUACUCUCUGAGCUCUCCUACAUUUACCCCAUUGAUCUGAAUGAGCAUAAGGAUUAUUUUGUAUGUGGUGUCAAGUUGCCUAAUUCUGAGGACUUCCAAGCAAAAGAUGAUGGAAGCAUUGCCGUUGCCCUUGGUUACACAGCACAUUUGGUCUCCAUGAUUUCCUUUUUCCUACAAGUACCCCUCAGAUAUCCCAUCAUUCAUAAGGGGUCCAGAUCAACCAUCAAAGAUAAUAUCAAUGACAAGCUGACGGAAAAGGAGCGAGAGUUUCCCCUGUAUCCAAAGGGAGGGGAGAAGUUGCAGUUUGAUUACGGCGUCUACCUUCUGAACAAGAACAUAGCCCAGCUGAGAUACCAGCAUGGCCUGGGGACUCCAGACUUGAGGCAAACCCUUCCUAACCUGAAAAACUUCAUGGAGCACGGACUCAUGGUCAGGUGAAUUGUGAACGGUUACGUGUUAGUGUUUGGGACUGCCUGACCAGUCCUGACGUGAGCCCUUUCAUCCUCAUGCACACAGCUGCACGGACAUGGUUCUCACUGGGUUUGGACUCCCAAAUACUUUGGUUAAAGUCACUGGUGCCAUAGACGCCAUCCGUGUUUUCUUUCAACUCCUUUUCUACUGACUCCAAAGUGGUCCAGGACUCAAGUUGAUGGACACGGUCAGCAUUGCCUCGAGGGCUGAGUUUGGUCAGGGAGGAAUGUGCCCACCAGCUGCUGGUGGCUUACCCAGCACUGAGCUGCAGAGAUGCCUGCGGUCAGGGCCCUGUAUAUAUAUUUCCCUGGCCCUCCACCCGUCUCAGCCGACAUAACACACACCACACAUGUCUGCCCACACCGGUUCACUUUAACCAGCUCCUGCCACCCAGAACAGCCCACCCCUGCCCUGUCCAGAUGCUCCAGCAGAUGGAGGUGGCGCUCCACCGAGCAUGGCCGAUGUGGGGCAAGGGUCACCAAACCUCAUCCGGAGGGCUUGUGAGCAGUAUGGCGCUGGUGUCUGCAUCUGUCUUGCCUGUGGGUCAGCCUGGCACAAAGCGGUGAAUGUAAGGCCAUGUCUGUCCUCUUCAUGGGACCCACACCCACAGCUGCGUUCUUGCCACGUACUAAUCAAGGUGAUGAAACAGGAACAGAAAAUAAACAGUCAAAAAUAAAGGUAUAAGAUGCUCUAAGGAAACGACUAAGUUGCCUGACCUGGCAGGAACUCCUUCACUGGCUGCUCUGAGGAUCGUGGACCUUCCGUGGGGAGCUGGCAUUUCUAGGCCUAGAACACAGAAGGACUAGGGUAUGGGAGGCAUGGUCUAAGCCAUUGUGAUGCAGUUCAGCUGGAAGAGCGUCGGCUUUUCCUGAGCAUGUACUAAAUAAUACCUCUGCCUUCAGUCUCUGAACAAGACUGGGGGUGGCAGGACCCGGUUGAUGCUGGUACCGUAGGGAUUUCAGCACAGGUGCGCCUAGCCUGCCACCUGAUUUAGCGGUUAGUACGAAUGUACAACGACUAAGCAGGUCAUCGUCAUGGCCGCUGUUUUUAAGAGCUAUUCAUUCUUUGUUGUAGGUGUUUUGUUUUUCCUAAAGUCCAUGUUCAUCUUACAAACAGGUGUGCAUGUAGUUCUUGUGUUAAUGGCUUACUCUCUUGAACACCAGUGGUAUAGAAGUAUUCACUAUCUCCCUCUUGCGUUCCCCAGGCCUCUCUGUAGGCUCGAGAGAUGCACCCCACAAUGUUUGCCCACACUCAUUUCUAUCUUCUUACUGACUUUUUAAAACCCUUUUUACCUGAAAAUCUUUCUGUGCGUAUUUAUGCCUGCAACAGCCCUAAGAGAGAAUGAGGACAAGAAUAAGAUCAUGACUCCACAACCCGGAGAACAGAGACUCAGAAACACGAGUGACUUGUCAGGGUCACAUGACAGUCAGUGAUGACACAGAACAGUUCUUGUCAUGCACCACGAUGCCCCAUGCUUGCUAGUGUCUGCUCUGUGCUUCCCCCACCCUCUCCAGCCCCCAACACCAUAUCACCAUUGUUUGGACACCCGUUAGCUUCCCGAGAGUAUCUCCCUAAAGGAUACGCCCCACCAGGGGCCAAUCCAGAGUCUCUUCUAGAAAGAUACAGGCAGUGUUCUGGUGGAAGCUGACCCAGGCACCUCAUAAAGCUUUGCCAAAACUGUGGGAAUUCUAACCCCAAAAUCCAAGCAUCCAGUCCUGUUCUGUAGUUAGGAAGCGGGAGGAGGCGCAGGGUGCUGACUCAGGUGCACUCACCUGUAGCCUUCAUCUCGUGAGCGCUGUGGUUCUUUAGACAGAAACGUGGUCUCAGCUGUAGCCUUCAUCUCGUGAGCGCUGUGCUUCUUUAGACAGAAACGUGGUCUCAGCCGUCUGUCCUGCUUUAUUCAAGGAAAUUCUUACUCUAAAUUUAAUUUUUCCUGCGCAUAAAGCAUAAGUUCUCUGUCGUCUCCAUGCAACACAAUGUGAAACAACAGAGAGGACCCAGCUCAAGGGUCAGAAAAUGCGGGUGUCAGUUUCUGCUGUAUCACUUUAAUUUCAUAAACAUUUUUAAGAACGAGUUAUUUCUAAUGGCAUUAAUAGCACCAGCCCUGCUUCCCCAGCAUAGGUGUGUGGAGCCAAUGAACUAUGUCUACCAAAGGGGUUAUAAGCCAAAAAGAACUAUAGAAAACAGUAAGUUGGGCUAGAGAGAUGGCUUAGCAGUUAAGAGCACUCGUUUCUGUAUCAGGGGAUCCAAGUUCGGUUCCCAGCACCCACCCUGGGCAGCUCACAACGGCCUGUUGGCUCCAGCUCCAGGAGACUGGCACCCUCCUUUGGCUGUAGGUGCUGCACUCACUCACAAACACAUAAAUAAAAUAUUAGGAAUGGAGUGGCUAAGCGGUGGUGGCGCACACCUUUAAUCCCAGCACCUGGGAGGCAGAGGCAGGUGGAUCUCUGUGAAUUUGAGGCCACUCUGAACUGCAAAGCAAUCCCAGGACAGUCAGGGCUACAUAGAGAAACCCUGUCUGGAAGAAAACAAAACAAAAGAAGCAACAAUGGAGUAAGUAGAUUCCAUUGCGUUUGACAAUUCACCAAGUGUCUCCUGUUCAAGAGAUGAAGGCAAUUUAAAAACAAAGUUUGUACUGCCUGGGCCUGGUUCACAUCAGUUUGGCUUUGAAUCCAAAGCAGCUGAGACAAAUUAAAUGUCUCGAAGGCCAUGCCCUUCACUGGCUGUGGCUUGACUCGGGGCCUGACAUUAACGGUAGAGGCCUCUUUCCUUCACUGAUGACUCUCCACAUCUUUGCUGUCUUGCUCCCCAUCCUCCACGAUCCUCAUCCUCCCUGAUCCUCAUCCUCCCUAUUCCCCAUCCUCCCUGAUCUUUUUUUAUCCACUCUUCCUUUCCUUUUUCCCCCAGGGGUGGUAGUCUACUCUUGAACUAGCAGCAAUCCUCCUGCCUCUGCCUCCCAUGCGCUGCUAUCUUGCUUUCCUUUGCAUGUGUAGAAAAUCGAGAGCUCGGCUGCUUUAAUUAGAAGUAAUAGGGAAAAGAUGGUUACCUAGGAACUUUAGCACGUGGGUGCCUGCUCUCAGGAGGUCUGGUGUGGCCCAACCUGUCCUUAAACGCUUGAUCUCCUGCCUCACCCCUCUCCAGGUGCUGGGGUAACAGGUUUGCACUACCAGGCUGACUUUAGGUUUGGCACACUUAGGAAAAGAUAUUUUGGUAAAGUUAUAAUAAAUUGUUUACUGUGUGGGUGCAGUAAGCAAGCAGUGCACUUUGAAUCACAUCGAUGCAACAGUCGUA